UUUGCCACAAAUUUAUCAUGGCGACUUCCGUGUUCGCCGAAGAACCUUCCGUGCACCUUUUUUGCCCCUCGUGUAAAAGGCUCUUGCAAGAUCCUGUGAUCAGUGUGGUAUGUGGGCACACAUUCUGCAGGCAUUGCCUGACGGACGGCAAGGAUUCGGUCAUUUUGGAUGCUUGCCCCGUGGACGAGAAGCCGCUGAAAAACACGUCAGUCGUUGCGAAUAGGGCCAUCACCUCGCAGCUAGAUGACAUUCUGGUGUACUGCAAGAAUGGAAUCAAGCGGUUCAGCUCGCGCAACGACGAGCUGAUCACGGACACCUGCGGCUGCCCCGAGCUGAUCCGUCUCUCCCAGAAGGCCGAGCACGAGGCCAGCUGUCCGUACAGCUCCCUGCAGUGCCCCAACAGCCCCGAGUGUGGGACACUGCUGCGGCUGGACCUGGAGGAGCAUGUGGUGACGGUCUGCCCCUUUGUGAAGUGUCAUCAUUACGAGAAAGGGUGCACCUUUACCGGUACGUCGCGUGCUGUCGAAGACCACUGCCUUUCAUGUAAAUAUGAAGCGAGUCCUUGUGCAGUCGUGAACACCGUGUCUCAGCCUUCCGAAGACCAGGUUCUCCUGCAGAAGCAGGUGCAGAUGCUGAUCGAGAAGGUGCUGUUCCUUGAGAAUAGCCGAGAUGAGAUGAAAGCUCAGCUGGAGGCUUGCACAAGGGCCUUGACCGAUGUGGAGUCCAAGUACAACGACCUCAAGGCCACCAUGGAUAAGCACGAUGCUAAGCUCAGCUCGUCUUCCUUCAGUCGGUCGCAGAGACCUCACAUCAGACCGAGGACCGCAUCUGAUCGGCGGGAUUCGUCAAGCCCUGAAAACACAAUGACUGGGCACGAUCACUGGCAGGUUCCGUUUGAAUUCAAAUGCAUCGGAACUCUAAGAGGUCACAAUGCUGCCAUCCACUGCCUGGCAACAAGAGGUCAUAGGCUAUACUCAAGCGGACUAGACAAAGUCAUCAAAGUGUGGGACGUUGAUGCCCUGAGUAAAGGCUGCGUACAGAACAUCAAAGGACACACGGACACCGUCAACGCCCUCUUAGCUGGUAGCGAAUAUCUGUACAGUGCUGGCGAGGACCAGAGCAUCAGAAUGUGGAAGUACGACACUAUGAAAGAACACAAAUGCGUUAAAAAAGCCCACGACAGCGCCAUCUGCGCUUUGGUCAAGAACAGCAAGUAUCUCUUCUCCUCGGGGUAUUGCACAAUCAAGGUAUGGCAUGCAGACACACUGGAGGCCGUCCAAAGUAUUUCUGGCUUACAUCACUGGGUCCGAGCCUUGACGCUGGAACCUUCAAAGGAGGCACUGUACAGUGGUUCUCACAACGUGGUCUGCAUAUGGGAUGCCACGGGCCAGUUUAACUUAAAGAGAAAGUUGGAGCACCAAUACGGUUCAGUCUAUGCCUUGGCUAUCACUCCCAAGUUUAUCAUUGUUGGAACGCGGGGAGAGAGUGGAAAUGAGGAGAGGUCAAAGGACUCUUUGGAGGGUCAUUCAGGAACAUACAACAGGAACAUGCAGCUGUUUGACGUUGUCACCCACCAGCACGUCAAGUGUCUCGGCGGCCACAUUGGAAUCGUCACCGACUUGGCCACGAGCCCAGCUGGCAAGUUUGUCAUUUCCAGCUCCUACGAUAACACCGUACAGAUCUGGGAUCUACAGAAUUUCCUUUCCCUCCAAGUUCUGUCCCGCCACCAGGGCAGCGUAAACGCCAUCGCACUGUGCCACAGUUUACUCUUCACCGCUUCUGAAGAUAAAGAAAUCAAGAUCUUCAAGUACUUCCGCCUGAUUACGUACAGCAGCUUCGGCAAUCACAUCUUGCCAGGGAAGGACAUGUGAGAAUACCACAGCCAGCUUUCACCACCAGUGCAUUUUUUUUUCGUUGGUCACUGAAAUGGACCAGGACCAUUUCAACUGUGCAAUUUUUUGGACUUUGUAUUAAACCAACCAAGCGUCCACAGUCAUGUCCAUAUUACUCUGCUGCAACCUCAAACUGAUCAUUACCUGUUGGAGCCACCGACUGCGUUUUUUAAUAUCCAGACAACUGAACACAGGCUCGCCGAUGCCAGUUUUACACCAGUGAACUCGCCCCAGUUGUCAAGGGGGGAAGAAUUUUGGCAUUUUUAAUGUUAGGUUUUACCCUUGGCAGGGUAGAGCUGUACGCACUGCACGGGCGGCGUAUUUCCAAGACCUUGAAGAAAUUUAGAGUAAGGUUUGCAACCUUACUCAAGUGGGAUUUGCACCCACAACAUCCAGUUUACUCGACCACCGAGCUUGCCAUGGUGGCUUGGGUGCAUUUUGAAUAUCCAUUAUGGGUUUACGUCACUGUUGUCCUAUGGUAAUUUUCUCCACAAGAUUUUUCCAAUGCAACGAGUUUUUCAACAUUACUUUUUAAGUGUAAAUACAAUUUUUUGGUCAACAAAAACAGGCAAACGUGUGUUUACUUAGGUGAACUGCACUUGAAUGAAAUAUGCAUGUCAAAAAUUAAACAAAUUGAAAUUUCAAACAUCCACUAUUUUUGUAUAGAAUCGGAUUUUUAUAUUUAAAGAUUUUUUGUAUGCAUCCGGAUACUUAAUUCUUUCCUUUACCGGCCAGUUAAAAAAAGACGUUCUGUAACAAUUCAAAAGUGUCAGAUGUAUAAUGAAUUUCAAUUUCAAUGCAGACAGCAAUUAUUCUCAAUUAUUAUGGAAUUGGUAAUAUUUUUAAUGUGCCAUUUCUUGUAUGUAAAUUACUUUGGAUAUGUUUGGGGCAGUUGAGUACAAGAAGUAAUUUUUUUUUCCUUAGUUUUUUAAUAUUAUGAAUACUGCUCAUUUAUUUAUAAUCGUUUAUCAGAAAAAUGAAGAAAUUGUUUAUGUGUAAUCUGUAAAAAGGCACAUAUGUGAGUCCAUGGUUACUUUUUAAAAAAUGAGGUCAGUGUUACAUGUAAUUAAAUUUUGUAUGUAAAAUUGUGACAUUUGAAGGUGAUGUAUUACACUAUGCGUUUCCCUGCAAUGACUCACGGGGAGGGGGGUAAUUUCUCAUAGAAUCUCAAUUUUGGAGGUCAAAAAUAACAUCUUCAAAAUCUAUAUGGUUUGGGGUUUUAGGAACAAGCCGGUUGCUACGGAGAUUUAAAGUAAGUCUCUCAAGUCUACAUUAGACUCAACCUUUUCAAACCCCGCUUUCCAGUUGUGAUAAGUUGAACUCCGCAGAACGAAUAAAUUUGAAAAUAUAAAAAAGAUCUGAUUUUCUGGAAUGGGACGGACUAUUGAGCUUCAAGUAAUUCCUUAUCUUCGUUCUUGUGACAUAACGAACCAUUUUGUACCGACUGAUUUACAAAUAUCUGCAUUGGAUAACUUCCAUUUUUAAACUCGACUACCGGUUGGCCCACGCAAGUUGUGCUUUCUGUGGAGAAAUCUAAAAGUAUCUGUACGCUGUAAGACUGUAAAAUAGCUUUCAUUUCAUGUUUGCCUCCGGUGCUGCACUUCUUAAACUUUAUAAUAGGAUUUUUUUACACACUGUUCACACCACUGCCCUGUCUAAAGUCGGUAUACAUCAAACUGACAUGUCUUGACCUUGAUUUGACAUGACAGGGUCUCCCUGCCUGACGUCCCUGACAACCACUACCUGGCGACAUAUCUCAUCAACAACCAUUUCUGACUGUUGAAGGCAGUGGUCAAAUGGAAUGCCAGGAGUUGGGUUGCAAAUGCACUGACCACAUGAUCAAAUACUUACAAAUUUUGCUCUUUAAUUAGCGCACUGAACUCUGUUGACACCACUUACAGAAAAUAGUAAAAGCAUGCUUUAAAGAAGAUGAAGACCCCGAAAUAAAGGGAGGAUGUGACAAGUGUAAUACGGUGGAACCUCGUUAAUAAGAGGUCCCUAGGACUUUGCAAAUUUAAGUUUGUUAUAACAUUGCAUUAUCGGGAGAAAAAAAAAACGGAACAAAGGACUGGAACCCCAAAAUAUCCUUGCAAGCAGAAUGCUGUAUUAACAGUAGUCUUGUUAACAAAGUUUGACUGCAUAUCAAUUACUUUCCAUGUAAAAUUCACAGCCAUUUCACUGGCUCUUGAGUGACCUUGCAAUUACGAUGAUUCUACUUUGUGAAUGGACAAAAUCUGUAAAUUUCCCCUUUUGUGGCAGUUUAGUAAUCUUCGUUUUAGUCCUCAGAAGUAUUGUCAACUAAUACCACUCAUUACAGAAGCUGUAUUCACCAAGCGGCGUUUAUAAAUAACAGCAAUCCCUACUCUUAGGACACCUCUACAGUUUGUUGCAAUGAUUUUUUUCCCCACUUCUUGAAAGCUGCGCAUUGGUCA